AUGCAGGGUCGUUUGUCUGCUUGGCUAGUCAAACACGGGCUAGUUCAUAGAUCUUUGGGCUUCGAUUACCAAGGAAUAGAGACUUUACAAAUAAAGCCCGAAGAUUGGCAUUCCAUUGCUGUUAUUUUAUAUGUAUAUGGUUACAAUUAUUUACGUUCUCAAUGUGCUUAUGAUGUAGCACCAGGCGGGCUGUUAGCUAGUGUGUAUCAUCUUACGAGAAUAGAAUACGGUGUGGAUCAACCAGAAGAAGUAUGCAUAAAAGUAUUUGCUUCAAGGAGGAAUCCUAGAAUUCCGUCCGUUUUCUGGGUUUGGAAAAGCGCGGAUUUUCAAGAACGGGAAUCUUAUGAUAUGUUGGGAAUCUCCUAUGAUAAUCAUCCACGCUUGAAACGUAUUUUAAUGCCUGAAAGUUGGAUAGGAUGGCCCCUACGUAAGGAUUAUAUUGUCCCCAAUUUUUAUGAAAUACAAGAUGCUUAUUGAAUGGUAAGGAAUUUAUUUUCACUUCUACGACAUAAAGACUUUUUAUAUUAUAUAUGUUCUGCUCUAGAUUAAAUA